AUGAAAACAUCCAUUAUUGCUAUUGCCUUGGCUGCCACUGCACUUGCAUCUGUGGACGCAUUGAAGUGCGAAAAGUACGCCUCUGGAUCUUUGGCGUCUUGGGAAGAAGUCAACUUGGAGAAUGGACAUGUUCAGCAUUAUGCGAUGAAGGACGGAAAACUCGCGAAGAGCCAGAAAGGAGAGGAGUUUGACUUCUACGCAUGCGAGGCGCCAGCGAAGUUUCAUAAGAACCUCAAGGCGAAUCGGGACCAUGGAGCUGAGAAGGCGGGUGUGAUUAAGACGAAGGAUGGAAAGAAGUGUCUAACAAACUCGUUCAUUCGAGUCCGGGACCCGUCGACGGAUGACAAGUAUCACACGGGAUACAAGCAGGUACCAGAGAACGUGGAGAAGAAGGUGACGCUGGAAGAUUGUGCGGAGAACGGAAUGGAUCUCCGUAAGCAAUGGUUUGCGAUUCCUUCGCCGCUUCGGGAGGGAUGUUCGAGUCGACUUUUGCAGAUGGGCUAUGAAUGUGAUGAGCCUCUGCAAUUGACAUAUGGAACGAUGGGUGUGGCGUUUGACACGGAGGGUGGUCAAGGAACUAGUCUGAAGAAUCCGGAUGACUACCGCAAUUCGUACAGCUUCUUCGUGACGGAGAAGGUUGACGCGUCGUGUGUUUACAUGAACCCGUAA